AUGUCCCAAACAUACAAGUGGCUGUUGGAGAAAGGUCGGCCAUUGCCAAAGUUUGGUGAAUGGGAUGUGAAUGAUCCAGCUUCUGCAGAUGGGUUUACUGUAAUAUUUAACAAGGCCAGGGAUGAGAAGAAAACAGGCGGGAAGCCCGAGUCCCCCACAACGGUGGCUCCAAAUACAAAUCAUGCAGCAGAACCUUUAAAACCUCAGGGUGUAAAUUCUUCCUUCCUAGCCCCGAAAGCUGGUUUUAGAGAUCAGAUUGAAGCUGACAUCUUGUGCUUAUCUGCAGAAAAAAUGGUUUUGCUGCAUGUAGAGCCCAAUCGCGCAAUCUUGACCAGGUGGUAUGAGGCACUUAAAGUAGCCCAUUUUGUGUGCUGUAAAGUUGUGUUGAUUCUGGAAAGAUAA